CAGGUGCUGCUCUUUGGCAUCCCCCUCUCCCUCACACACACACAAACACACACAUCCCCAGUUGGUCCACUUUCCUCUUUUUGGUGCUUGUAGAACUUGAUAGUUUGCCUUCAUGGAGGAUUACCACAAACCUGACCAGCAGACAGUGCAGGCGCUGAGGAACAUCGCCAACCGGCUCCGGAUCAACUCCAUCAAGGCGACGACCGCAGCGGGCAGCGGACACCCCACAUCAUGCUGCAGCGUGGCAGAAAUCAUGUCGGUGCUUUUCUUCCACACCAUGAAGUACCGCCCUGACGACCUGAGGAACUUCAACAACGACCGCUUCGUCCUGUCCAAGGGUCACGCGGCUCCAGCGCUGUACUCCAUGUGGGUCGAAACCGGUUUCCUGAAGGAGAGCGAGAUGCUCACCAUGUGCCACGUUGACUCCACGCUGGAGGGCCACCCCACCCCGAGGCAGCAGUUUGUGGAUGUGGCCACCGGGUCCCUGGGCCAGGGUCUUGGCGUGGCCUGUGGGAUGGCGUACACCGGCAAAUACUUCGACAAGUCCAGUUACCGUGUGUACUGCCUGCUGGGGGAUGGAGAGAUGUCGGAGGGCGCUGUCUGGGAAGCCAUGUCGUUUGCUUCUUACUACCAGCUUGACAACCUGGUGGCCAUCAUGGAUAUCAACCGCCUCGGCCAAAGUGACGCUGCACCCCUGCAGCAUCACGUUGAAAAAUAUCAGAAACGCUGUGAAGCUUUUGGCUGGCACGCCAUCAUCGUGGAUGGACAUAGUGUUGAAGAGCUCUGCAAGGCGCUGAGCCAGCCCCGCCAUCAGCCCACUGCCAUCAUCGCGAAAACCAUCAAGGGAAAAGGCAUUCCAGCUGCAGAGGAUAAGCUGGGCUGGCACGCCAAGCCUCUUCCCAAAGACAUGGCCGAGAUGGUCAUGAAGGACCUGCAGAGCCGGAUCAUGAGCAGCAGCAAGCACCUGUACCCCCCUUCCCCCAUGGAGGACGCCCCACCCGUCAGCCUGAGAAACAUCCGGAUGCCAAGCGCCCCCAAUUACAAGGCCGGAGAAAAGAUUUCCACGCGAAAGGCGUACGGGAUGGCUCUGGCCAAACUGGGCCGCUACAACGAGCGCGUUGUGGUUCUUGACGGAGACACCAACAAUCUCACCUACUCAGAGAUCUUUAAGAACGAGCACCCCAACCGCUUCGUCGAGUGCUACAUCGCUCAGCAGAACAUGGUCAGUGUAGCGAUGGGAUGCGCCGCCCGUGAGAGGAACGUCGUAUUCGCCAGCACCCUCGCUUCUUUCUUCGCUCGUGCCUAUGACCAGCUUCGCAUUGCAGCGAUCUCAGAGAGCAACAUCAACCUGUGUGGCUCCCACUGCGGUCUGUCGACUGGGGAGGAAGGCCCCUCUCUGAUGGGUCUUGAGGACAUGGCGAUGUUCAGGACCAUCCCCUCCACGACCAUUUUCUACCCCUGCGACGGGGUGUCCACAGAGAAGGCGGUGGAACUGGCUGUAACCACCAAGGGUGUUUGCUACAUCCGUACUGGCCGCCAGGACAGCGCCAUCAUCUACAACAGCAACGAGGACUUCCAUGUUGGACAGGCAAAGGUGGUGUACCAGAGCAAGGACGACCAGGUGACGGUGGUGGCAGCUGGAGUGACCCUGCAUGAGGCCCUUGCUGCAGCCGAGCAUCUAAAGAAAGAGAGGAUUGCCGUCAGAGUCAUUGACCCUUUCACAAUCAAACCUCUGGAUGCUAAAACCAUCAUCGACCACACGCGCGCCACCAGGGGACGGGUCCUCACCGUGGAGGACCACUACUAUGAAGGUGGCCUCGGGGAGGCGGUGUCUUCGGCCAUGGUUAACGAGACCGGCUUCAACCUGCACCGCCUGGCCGUGUCCCACAUCCCUCGCAGCGGUAAACCGCACGAGCUGCUCAAAAUCUACGGGAUCGACCGCGAUGCCAUAGCUCAGGCCAUCCGCAAGAUGCUUAGCAGUGCAACCAACGCCAAGUAACUUUGUUCCCCCUCCCCGCCCCACCCACCCACCUUCGUGGUUAAAAUCAGCAGUCAAGUAUGUUUUUGAUUCACAUGACACCCAGCUCUUUCGAUUCAUUCACUGUGAAUACCCCUACGUGUUUACUGAAGUAAUGUGAUUUUCGUGCCGUACACUUUGAAGUAGAGAUCCACGUCGACCUUCCUUUUGUGCAUCCGUCACAUCACAGAGAAAACGCAGAAUCCCACAGAUUCAACUGCGCGAAUCACUCAUGAGUUCAGCAGUGCCAUAGAUCCAGGUCAGUCACGAAAACAUCUCUAUAAGUGACAUUGUCAUUGGUGAAUACUCACUGUACUAAAUAAUUCAUUAUUACAUGUUCAACAUGCAUACGGUGUGAUGCUCCUGUCUGUGUUUUUUUAUAUGAUGCUCUUUCAUUAGCUUUAUUCAGCUGGAAUUGCUUUUUUUAUUGUUCUGAAGUAGCUCUUAAAAAGUGGGUGGGGCCUAGUUUUACAGUUGGUGUUGAUCAUGACAGCAGUGUCAGAAAUAAGCUAAGUGAGUUGUUGUUUGUAGAAGGUAGUGGGAAAAAAAAGCAAAUGUAGGUAGGACAUAAAAAG